CUGCUGUUACACUCUUAUCGACUAGGAGCGUGCCUAUUGCGGCUCUUGGGCCAGAGUAGUCGAUGCGGCCGUCUUGGGCUGUGGAGCUCUCCAUUGGAAACACUGUCAGUUCGCGUAACACAGCACGUGAGUUUCGAAACACGUUCAAAUUAAUUGGUCUGAAUGGCUGUCUCAAUCCCUUUUCUGGAAAGUUGCAGUUUGCUAUUAAAUAAUAACAAGUUUCUAUUGUUAUGGUGCCUCAUCAACAGGGACGCAGGGAAGGUAGCGCCUGCCUCCUCUGCGGGGUUCUUGAAAUAUGAACAUCCCCAGUUUAUAAGCGCCGACUGUUUCAACAACGCCGUUGAUUCGCCGCCCCCCUGCAAUGCCAGCGUAUACAUCAUGCAAAACAACACCAAUAGCAACUGGCCCUGAUUAAAACUUUUGGGGCUACCCGCAGCCCAUGUCAGCCAUCCCGAGGGGUACUUGUGCGAGUGCCAUGGCUAGAGAAAGCGUUGGGCGCGUCCGACACGCCUGGAAUUCUUAACUCUGCCUCUUUGCUAUUGAUGGUGAUCAGGACACGCAAACAUACCUGAUUUCGUAUGGCCUUGCAUAUUUAGGACCCUUUUUAGAGGUGAAAAUGUUCGCCAAACUACGCUCCGAGUCGUCUGCGGGAUUGCCGGGUUCCAUUCAACAUGACACAGACCACAACGAUGUUCGGCCGCCAGACUAUAACUCUGAACUUCACAACCGACCACAGUUAAAGCAUAGUUUUACGUCUACUUCAAUAUCAUCGACCUAUACCAUUCGCCCUACUGCCACAAAGGGCGUCUCGGAUCCACUAGGUCUUCAAAUCGCAUAUCAACCCAAAGAUACAGCUGGCGAUAUUGUCUUUGUUCACGGCUUGAACGGGUCCGCUUGGAAAUCAUGGUCUGUCAAUAGCGAUUUGGAUUCAUUUUGGCCUCAGUGGCUCUCCGAUGAUGAGACUCUGUCUCGGUACAGAGUAUCUACCUUUGGAUAUAGCUCCAAAGUGAAGAGCUCAUCAACAAAUUUGGACAUUGUUGACUUCGCCACCAACCUUUUAGUUCAACUAUUUGCUAUCCUGCCUGCUUCUAGUAAUGGAACAAGCCGACCCCUGAUUUUUGUCGCUCAUUCUAUGGGAGGUCUGGUAGUGAAGAAGGCAGUGAUGAUGGGCAAGCAAGACCAGCAAUUUUCGGCAAUCAUAUCCAACGUUCGCGCUAUUAUGUUCCUCGCAACACCCCAUAGGGGCAGCCAUUAUGCUAAAACUCUCAGCAAUAUUCUGGCUAUAGCCCCUCUUGGCCUUGCAUCUAAGACAUACAUCAAUGACUUGAAGUGGCAUGGUAGCGCCCUUCACGAUAUCAACGAAAACUUCAAGCGGCACUGUGAUAAUAUACAUCUUUGUUCUUUUUUUGAAACACUAAAGAGCUCUGUCGGUCUGAAACAAAUUUUGAUUGUGGAAAAGGAAUCGGCGGUUCUAGGCUAUCCUGGAGAACUCUCGGCUGCUCUGGAGGCUAACCACAAAGAUAUAUGCAAAUACACCAGCAAACUUGAUCCCAAUUUUCUAACAGUGAAAGGGAUUCUAAGUCAAUGGGCUGCGCAGUUUCAGUCCACAAAUGAGCAAAUAGUUUCACCCGAUAUACCACAAAAUCCUCAAACAGUCCACCCUCAUAACUGGUUGGGCCAAGUCAAACGAAUCUUUGGUUUAGAGACUAUGGCUGAUGAUCGUCUUGAAACCCCGUUAAAAACGGUGCAUAACUCACACAACGCUGGCCGGUGGCUUAUUGCUAGAAAGCAGUUUGAAGAGUGGUUUCAGCUGAAUCCAGGUUGCAUACAAUCGAAGACUCUGCUCUUGAUUGGACCUCCCGGAACUGGUAAAAGUGUUUUGUGUCAGUCUGUUAUUGGACACCUGCGUUCAAUCGGCGCCGAGGUUCAGCAUCACGCCUUCAAUAAAACGCAUCAGCUCAAGCAGACUGGUAGUUUCUGUUUGAGAUCAAUCGCAGCGCAACUUGCAAUAUCACACCCACAAUUCCAACAUGCAAUUAUGGAGCUACAUGAGAAAACUGGUGUCCGAUUCAACCAGGAUCACAGCUUUCAGUUUCUCUGGGAACAUCUAUUCGAGCAAGUACUAUUCAAGAUCAAUGGCCAGAAUCCUAUUUAUUUGGUUCUUGAUAGUAUUGAUGAGUCUGAUUCUACUAUUCCCAUUCUACAAAGAUUUUCCGAAGUUGAGUCUUGUACUCCCAUCAAAAUCUUUGCCAGCUGUCGGCCAGUCAAAGGUGUCCCCAUCGGUGGAAUCUCGCCUAUCGUUCCUUAUUUCCUUCAACCAGAAGAUACAGCUAGCGAUAUGGACGACUAUGUCACAAGAACUGUUCAACAGACUCUUCCUGAUGACCUCGAGACUCAAAAGUUUGUUCAAUGGGAAAUCAUGAAGAGAUCUGGUGGUUCAUUCCUAUGGGCGAAACUUGCCCUUGAAAUGCUUCAGGACAGUUGGCAUACCAGAGAGGAUAUAAUAUCCACAUUGACAGAGGUCCCUAGUGGUAUGACAGCUAUGUAUAGUCGCAUGGUUGAUCUUAUUAAGGCACAAGGAUUACGGAAUCAAGACAUCGCACGUAAGAUCUUGAUGUGGGUUGCCUGUAGCUGGCGACCGCUGUAUAUUGCAGAGCUCCAAGAAGCUCUGAAGGCAUCAUACGGAACAUUUACAAACCUGGCUUUGACGAUCACCCAAAUAUGCGGCCACUUCGUCACCAUCGAUCGAUCUGACGAUGCUGGCCCUCGUGCUGUUUUGAUUCAUGUUACGGCAAAGGAAUUCUUAACCGACACACGUCAGCUAGGAUCGUUGUGUAUUGACGCUAAGCAUGGUCAUAAAGAAAUUACCGAAACUUGUCUAUCAUAUCUAUGUAACGACAGAUGGCGUGGAAGAUUGAGUACCAUGGGUGGGCUAUCGACAAUCAGCGAUUUAGCGUUGAAUACAGUUACCAAGAACAGGCUGCUAGCUGCGUCGACCGAGUUUCCAUUGCUUCCAUACGCAACAUGGCAUUGGGCGUAUCAUCUUAAUAAGUCACCUUUAGAUGACUUCUCAUCACUGGAAAUGCUCGAGACAUUUAUGCUCAAUUACUCUCUAUCAUGGCUCGAAGCAAUUGCUGUUUCCGGGGACAUGAGCCAUGUCAUACGGUCCGCAAAAUACUUGAAGUCUUACGUGAAAAAGACAUCCAAAACUUCUUGGAGUAAUACACGGUGGAUCAAAGUAUGGGCAACCGACUUUAUACGCAUUGCCAGCAAGUUUGCUGCCAAUCUUGUUGUUAGUCCGUCAUCAGUGUAUCGCAAUAUUCCUCCGAUGUGCCCAAAGAGUUCCAUGAUUGGCAGGGCAUUCAGUCUGCAAAGUGCAGAUGCACUUACAGUAAGAGGCUUCGCUAUGGAGACGUGGGAUGAUUGCCUGGCCAGUGUUGUGCUUGAAAAUGACGAGUAUGUUGCGCAUGUUGUGGCAAACGACAGUCUAUUUUUCACGCUUGGUGGCUUUUCCAAAAAUAUAACUGUCUGGAACUCGGAUACCUGUGAGAAAGUUCGUGACUUGGAUCAUGGGGAACUGGUUAAUAUCAUGUUCGUGGGAAACUCUGGCACAAAGCUUGUAGCAGCAAGUUUCGGCAAGUUUCAUAUCUGGGAUGGUGCAUCUGGCCGUGUCCUCCACCAAGUUGCCAAGUCCAUUCGAUCACGGGUACACGAUUUGAUUAUAUCCCCCAAUGAAAAAGAAGUGCUCGCUGCAUUUGAAAACUUCAAAGUUGAACAUAUCGACAUCGAAAGUGGCCAGAGCUGGCGUCAAGACUUGGACGUUACAUCGCUUGACUCUGGAUAUCAAAACUGUCCUAUCUGCCAGGCAAUAAGCCCAGAUGGGACUAAGAUAGUCAUGGGUUGGCGAGGACGCCCACCACUAGUUUGGGAUUUAACCAGUGGCAAUAGUGGCACUCCUUUGAAAUGCCGUUCUACUACAAUGUCGGGCUCGAUAAUGAGCACCAAGAAGCUCGUGUGGUGUCCCGACUCCUCCAAGGUUUUCAUUAUAUGCCAAGAUACGUCCGUCUUUGAAUGGAAAAUUUUCGAGGACGAAUUGUCGGAAUGCGUUCAAGUCAAAGCUCGGCACCUAUCUAUUUCAGCCGAUGGCACACUGCUUUUGACAUCGGAUAACGAGGGCACCAUAAGUAUCUGGACACUCCCUCGGUUGUCGCUCAUCUACAGUCUGCAGAAGAAUGGUGAUUUAAUAAAUGCACUCACAUUCAGCUCAGAUCAUCAACGAUUCUACGAUAUUAGAAAUGGGUCUAGUUGCAAUAUUUGGGAACCAGACGCCCUGGUGCGAACUGACGACCAGGACUUGGAAGAUACAGGGAGUAUGAAUGGAAGUCUGCCCACCACUGAAGCUGUUAUAUCAACGCAAGGUCAACCUAUUUCAACAAUUACAGCUAUUACAGUUGGUCCAAAUGACACAGUCUAUGCAUGUGCAUACAAUGGGGGAUCAGUUAUUAUUCAUGAGAGUGCCCAUGGAGCCAAAGUGAGAAAAGUUUACAGCCACCCAAGCUCGCAAAAGAUCACGGCGCUGUCUUGGUCGCCGACGGGAAAGUACAUGGCAUCAUGCGAUGUCACUUCACAUGUCAUUAUCAAACGAUUGCAGUUUAAAGAUGAUGGCAAAUGGGCAGUCUUCCCCGUCCUCGAUUUCCGCCUUGGGUAUGCUUCGCCUCAGUUAUUCUUUUCGCCGGAUGAGAAGUUUAUGAUGAGCUUUGCCAGCACUAAAAUUGAUGUCUGGAACAUGAAGAGUAAGGAGAAGAUCUGGACCAAAAGCCGCAAUGAGAAAACAGACUGGUACUGGGCAUCGGGGCCAUUAAAGAGCAACAAUCUCUUCUGCUUAGGAGUUAAUGGCAUUUCCGAGAUUGUGGACUGGGCAAAUGGAAACGAGCAGGUGGAGGCAACGCCCAAUAGCCUUCAUCCCCAAAGCGUCUUCGAGCGACUAGCUGAACCGAAAGCCGACAUUAUCAUCACGGACACUGUGGUUCAACAGCAUAUAAUAUGGACAGCUCUUAUAUCCGGCGGUCAACAUUUUGUCGUUGCCACUGUCGAAGAUGCUAAUGGCAGAUGGGCUGCAUACUACCGCAACUUGAGACUCAGCGUGGUAAAAAUGGCGACAUCAGCUGAACGGCCACAGCAAAUAUCACCUGAAAUUUGUCGCAAGAUCAAACUUUUACUAGGUGUUAAAGGCAAUGACCUGCUUUUCCUAGGAUUUGAUGGCUGGGUAUGCUCCUACAACAUCUCUUCUCUUAUUAAUGGAAGACAACGCCGGCUCUCGACGGGAGUCAUGGUGCGGCAAGAAGACGUCGAAGGGUUCAAGAGACACUUUUAUAUUCCUAGGGAUUGGCUCAACACGACCAGUGCCAAUGCUGUUUCCAAUUCUGAAGGGACUUUGUUUUUCCCAAAACAGGGCGAAGUGGCUAUUGUCCGAAAUGGGCUGAGAUUUGAGUAGCCAUGCUCAUGAUGUUAAGACGGCGUGAUUUAUGAUUUUUGCUAUUUGGCGCAAUAUGGAGCAUAGAAUUUCCUUUUUACUUUUAUUAAUUUUCAAAAUAUUUGGUAUUAGACAUAUUU